GCCUGAAUCUGCUCAUUGCAGAAAGUUUCGCGAACGUUGCAAAGCGAUUAAACCGAUCCGAACCACCCGCGUACAUAACAUAAUAUUCGUGACAAUGAGUUCCAAGUCCCUUUUCGACAGUGAGGAGGAUGCCGCCCAGGCCAACAAAUUCUCUAGGAAAGCCAAGGAAUCGCCCUUCAUGCUUGUGGGUAUUGGCGGAUUCGUGGCUGCCGGAUUGAUUGGAGCGUACAAGUACCGGAACCGUGGAACGAUGAGCACCAGCGUCUUCCUGAUGCAACUGCGAGUGGCCGCCCAAGGAACCGUCGUCGGAUGCCUGACCCUCGGACUGGCCUACAGCAUGGCCAAGGAGUACCUGUUCGACAAGGCGCCCAAGGAGAAUACAAAGUCAUUGACUAACUAAAGAUCAUCUGAUUGCACGGCGUCCCUCUCUAGAAAUCACAAGAUGACAUCGGCUAGACAACUAACACCUAAGCAAUCAGACCCUCUAUUUAUUGCAUAAUCAAAGGUUCAUACCGAUCCAAAUGGAUAGAAUCACUGGAGGGCUGGACUCUCGCCAGUAUUCCCGAGCGUCCAAGCCCACCAAAUUAGAUAUUGUUUUGUAUACCUGCGUAAGAUUGUGAUAUUGUGUGUUUUAAUUGUACAAGUUGAACAUCCAAACGAAAGCUGUCGAAGCAGACGACAAGAUGAUGAAUACCUCUCGCAUGAUAUGAUAUACUUAAAUAAAUCAAUUUAGACUAAAA